AUGUCUAAAGAAUCAAUAAUAUUACAAGUAUUUAGAAACAAGAUACUUUUAAGAGAGAUAUUAAACAAGACUCGAGAUGACAUUGAGUUUCUUGGUAUCCAAGUACCAAACAAUGCCGUUAGAGUAGAGGUAAAAGACUCUCAGAUGACUUAUCAUUGCAAGAGAAAGAGAUUCUAUCAUUUGGGUACUGAUUUGGUAUGGCUCAUCAAGAAUAGAUACUAUGCAGUGAUUAAAGAACUCUUGUUGAAGCAAGAUGAAAGACCUCGUUUCAAAAAGGAGAAUUUCUUUUCUCCCAAUAGUGACUUUAUUCAAGUUGCAAUGACAUCAAUCGACGAUGCCGAAACAUUUAGUCUCAUCCUAUCAAACUAUCAUCAAGACUUUAAAGACUACUUUCAAGAGUACUUUGACCCAGAAGCUCUUAGAACAAGAGUUCAUUUCAAAAAUGAAAGCUUUCCACCAAGUGACUUUCUAGUUUCUCUCAUCAACAAUCAUGGAAACAUCGAUAUUUGGAAUACAUUUAUUCAAUUUAUAGAUUUUAAAUGUUUAAACAAAAAUAUUGAUCAACCUCCUCCUCCAUCCUCUUCUUCAACAACAAAAGAAAAGAAUUCAAUAUUUUCAAGAUUAUUCUCUUCUUCUUCAUCAAAAGGAAAAGAAAAAGAAAAAGAUGAUAAAGAGAAAUAUUCAAUGUUAUAUGUAUUAUCCUACUUUCAUAAACAACCAAUCAAUGAUGCAUACAAACAAGUAUUUUUUAUUAGUGAUUUAAUCAAGCAUUGUUUGUACUCUGGUAGAAAAUCAAUUUUGCAUCAUAUAAUCAACCAUUUUGGAAAAUCAAUCUCUAAACAUUUGGAAGAAGUCUGUUUGGAGCAGAAACUAUCGGUUCCUACUUUGGGUGUACCAUUCAACUAUGUUAUCAGAAGAGACAUACAAAAAGAGAUGAUUUUGGGUCUAAGAGAGAACCUGCCUCUUUCAGUAUUCAACCAAAUCUACUAUAACACCGAUCAUCAAUUCGUUGCAGACCAUAUGCAUUUGGCAUAUGAUCUUUUAGAGAAAGAUCAUAGCCAUUGGAUUCAUGUUUAUUUGGCAAACAAUCCUCUCAAUAAUUGUAAAGAUGAUGGUGACAUUAUCAAAGCACAUUACGAUUGUUUGGUCAACAUGUUUACCAAAUACAAAAACCAACUUUUAAAAUCGAUCGACAUUUCCAAAAUGAAUGAUACUAUUCCACAUCUUUUCCAACAAGAUCCAUCUCUACCAGUGCCAACAGAGUAUUAUCAACUUUGGAUAUUCGAAUUGUACAAGAGAUACACGUUGAUGCCUCCACCAGCUGUUGUUUUCGUCACCAUUCAAAAACAAUCGCAUCCACUGUUUGAAGAAUACAUUAUCAAGACAAUAAGUAAAAACUAUGGCAAUAUCACCGAUUACAGUAGCAUGGAUUUGGUUUCAUAUCUUUUGGAUCGUUGUGGAUUCACCAUGAUCACUCGAUAUGGCUCUGUCGAGUUGGUCAAACUUGCAUACGAUUUCUUGCGUGAACACCGUAGAAAUAGAUACACUCAUCUCAUCAGUUUACAGUCAAACGACAUUCAAGUCAUCGAGUUCCUAGUCGGCGAGGUAAUUUAUAACAAUGUAAAUACUUGGGAUAAACCUGGUCACUUUGGAGGCGAAAUACAAAAAGCGGUCGAUGAACAUGUUGAAAAAGGUAACUUUGCCAUCGCCGAGUACCUCAUUGAAAACGCUGGUAAAAUAUCCUAUGAUUAUCAAGCCUCAACCAUAUCAAAACUAUUGCAAAACGGUAGUUACAAAUCCAUAGAGGCAAUGAAACUACAAACAGAUAUCUCCAUGCCUGCCAAUUUCAAAAUUAGUGUCCAAACAUUGCCUGCACUCAAAUACUUUCAUAUUGGAAGAGUAUUUUUUAAGCCAGAGUACGGAACGUCCACUCUUAAACGAGACCAAGAACUUACACAAAUGUUGUUUGAGCUCUACGAUGACGAGAUCGAAUCAAACAGCAUUAUCACUAAUAAGCUUGUCGAUGUAUUCAAAAAGGCAGUUGAUUCGGCAUUUCUAUCAAACAACCUAGACAUGAUCGAAUAUCUAAAUUAUUAUUAUGAAACCAACAAAUCAAGAUUUAAAAGUCAAAAAGAACUCUUGUUCAGAGCUAUCGACUUGGAUAGGAUUAUAAGCUCGAUGAAUUUCGAAAUGUUGGCAUUGGUCAUUAAACUACAAUUCCCGUUGAAAACAUCUUACAUGACCAGUUGGAGAACUGUUGGCAUGUAUGGAUCUCUUGAAUGGGUCGAAAAAGUUCUUUACAACUCUUCCUUUAGACCUGUCAGUGACCGAGAUAGAAUACCUCUACUUGCUGCACUCAAAAGUGGUGCCCUCCUCAACAAGUCACUAGAGAAUAGAAAAGCAAUCAUUGCUCACGUAGAAUCUAUACCAAAUUGUAAUAAUAGUUACUAA